AUGCGGGAGAUCGUGCACAUGCAAGCCGGCCAGUGCGGGAAUCAGAUUGGAGCCAAGGUAUCAUGGAAAAGCGGGGGCAAGGGGAUCUAGUGGGGAGGAUCUAUUGUGGAGACCAGCCGUGUCGUUUCCUUUUCUUGCGUCACCGAUGAAAGGCAUUAAUCGCCGCCUAAGAAUUAAGCUGAAGGAUUGGUGGGGGGCAGAGCACUAGGAAAAAUCUCCCCGGGGUUAUGUCUACGCAUAGCUGUCAACUUUUCCCUUUUUAAAAAGGGAAAUUCACUUAUUCCGAAUAGGAUUCCUCGUAAGAAAAGGGAAAAGUUGACAGCUGUGCGUCCACGAUGCGUCUCCUCUUUCGUAAAGCCUCGGAUGCGACGACCAUCUUUCUCUGCCCCUCCCUGCCGCUUCAUAGGGCAGAUCUUGCGGGAAACAAUAAAGGCCUUCGCUUUCCGUCGGGGCCAGAUCCGUCUCACACAGUGUUAGAACUAGCAGUAAUCCUGUUAUAACGGCAAGCUUUUAGGUUGCCUCGCCCCUCUGCAGAGGAUGCAGUCUGGAUUUGGAGCAGCGUUCAAGCUGGUUGGGUGCGUGCGUAAUGGUGCAAAGCCGGAAGCCAAUUGGCUUCUUUCUUUGUUAAACAAGUCCCUCCCCUCUUCCCCCAACAGUAUGUCCAUCCGUGAAAUCUAACAUCCUGCCUUCCUAUGCCCUGUUGGCAUUGCUUUGUGUGAAGGGAAUCUGUCUCGUCAUGGCGCAAUGGAUCAUGUGCUUGCAGUAUGGUGGCCAAGGUGUGGCCGCGGCAGCUGCACGUGUUUAGUCAUGCUUCCUCGUGGCACUUGCUAAAUCGCUCUGCAAAAUUCCCGUUUCAGUUCUGGGAGGUCAUCAGCGACGAGCACGGCAUUGACCCGACAGGCAGCUACCAUGGAGACAGCGACCUGCAGCUUGAGAGGAUCAACGUCUACUACAAUGAAGCUGCCGGUAAAAAUGGAGCGCGUGUCUUUUUAAGGAAGUGCUUCUAGCUGCCUCCGGAUAUGAAGUCUGUUGCCCAUUUUUAGAAAUCUUGAUUGAUAGAUUGCACGGCUUCCAACUAAUUAAAUCUGCAGAUAAAUACACAGUUCUUGCAAAGAGCCUUUUUUAUUUUUAUAAACAGAUGCUCUUCCUAUUUUUGGUGUCCAGCCCCACCUUAGAAGAAUUUCCUUCUGUGUGAGGGGAAGAGGCAGAAUUUCUUUGUUCUAAGGUGCAGUCUGCCUGCCAUAAGCUCCCUAAUUAUGUGUUUUCAAACUAAAAAUACAGACUUGGGAAGGAGAAGAAAAAUGCACACCUGGCCAGUAAACUGGGGCUGUAUUAAAGGAUUUAAAAUUUCUCCAUCUGUUUGGGGUGGGGGCAGAAAAGGUAUUAAAGUAAUGAAAACAGUUUUUUUGCGGGGGUGGGGAAGGCAUUGACAUUGUUGCUUCUGGAUGUCGAAGGUUAUUUGAUUUCUGUAAUUGAAAGUGAAUAACCUUGUAAUUACGGACAGGGUGGCGCUGUGGGUUAAACCACAGAGCCUAGGACUUGCUGAUCAGAAGGUUGGCGGUUCGAAUCCCCAUGACGGGGUGAGCUCCCGUUGCUCGGUCCCUACUCCUGCCAACCUAGCAGUUUGAAAGCACGUCAAAAUGCAAGUAGAUAAAGAGGUACCGCUCCGGUGGGAAGGUAAACGGCAUUUCCGUGCACUGCUCUGGUUCGCCAGAAGCGGCUUAGUCAUGCUGGCCACAUGACCUGGAAGCUGUACACCGGCUCCCUCGGCCAAUAAAGCGAGAUGAGCGCCGCAACCCCAGAGUCAGCCACGACUGCACCUAAUGGUCAGGGGUCCCUUUACCUUUACCUUUAACCUUGUAAUAAUAUAACUUUGCAGACAAAACUUUCCAUGGGUAUCUAUGAAGUACAGGUGGGGAAGUGACUCUGGCUGCUGUGGUCUCUAUGCACACAUGUAUAUGAACACACAGGCCAACCUUGACAGGUGAGCAGGACGUACCACCUGCCAAUCACUGGAUGUCAGGUGAUAAUACUAAUUUAUUAUAACCCACCCAUCUGGCUGUAUUUCCCCAGCCACUCUGGGCGGCUCCCAACAGAAAAUUAAAAACAUGGUUAAAGAUCAAAUAUUAAAAACUUUCCUAAACAGGGUUGCCUUCAGAUGUCUUCUAAAAGAUACACUGGUACCUCUACAUAACUACACCUCUGGUUGCGUAUCUUUCAGGAUGCGAACAUGGCAAACCCGGAAGUAUUUUUUCUGGGUUUCACCAUGCACGCAUGCGCAAAAGCGGCACGCUGGGUUGAGAUAUAAAAUUCUUUCCUGAGUAACGCUGAGGGUUGCCAGGAGCCCAGUAGACUGCAGAUAAUUUAAUGAGGUCACUGCAUUCAUAAAUCUUUUGUUCUCCCUGCAGGCAACAAGUAUGUUCCCCGUGCCAUCCUUGUGGACUUGGAGCCUGGCACAAUGGAUUCUGUCCGGUCUGGACCAUUCGGCCAAAUCUUUCGGCCUGACAAUUUCGUCUUUGGUAUGUAAUACUCUUUCGGUGACUGUAGUCUCUGUUCUUGACAGGCACUCAAUGUAUCUUGAAGCAGCUGCUGGAUUGCUCAUACCUAUUCUUUCCAAAUGUUCUGCGAUUAUCAUCCCUAUGCAAAACAACUGACUUCUGCCUGUCCUGGGAGACACUUGAAUUCAACUAUGAGGAGUGUUUGACUAAUCCUAUACACUCCCUGUAACAUUUGAUCAUGUACUGAAACAAGGGCAAGGCUAGUUAUGCCAGGUGGCAGAAAGGUGGUACAUCUCCAGGUAUACGCAAUAGGUGAUGUGGUACAAAGAUCUCUCCUUCCUCUGAGCCAGUUUCAUCAUCCCCUACCCUCAAAUUGCCAAAGGUACGAUAGCUCAUGAUAUUUGAUCCAAUGUACUUUUUCAGAGCUGGGUCUUUAAACACUAUACAGUCAUACCUUGGUUUGAAUGUGCUUCGGGUAGAGCGCGUUCGAGUUGCGCUCCGUGGCAACCCGGAAGUAACAGAGCAUGUUACUUCCGGGUUUCGCCACUCGCCGACGCUCAAAAUGACGUCACGCGCAUGCGCGGAAGCGGCAAAAUACGACACGCGCAGACCUGUCGCUUGUUACAUUCACUUCAGGAUGCGAACGGGGCUCCGGAACGGAUCCCGAGGUACCACUGUAUUUGAGAACCAGAGGGAAGUAAACCGGUUUUGUAGUCUGGGUCUGGACACUGCUUAUAAAAGGAACAGUUGGACCAGAUCAUGAUGCCAUUAGCAGAUAGAAAUCAAUAGUUGCCAUGUUUCUGUAUCCUUGUCUUUCUGCUUCUAGGCCAGAGUGGUGCUGGGAAUAACUGGGCCAAGGGCCACUACACAGAGGGAGCUGAGCUGGUGGACUCUGUGCUGGAUGUGGUAAGGAAGGAGUCGGAGAACUGUGACUGCUUGCAGGGCUUCCAGUUGACCCAUUCCCUGGGUGGCGGCACAGGCUCCGGACUGGGGACGCUCCUCAUCAGCAAGAUUCGGGAGGAGUAUCCUGACAGGAUCAUGAACACAUUCAGCGUGAUGCCGUCCCCUAAAGUGUCAGACACGGUGGUGGAGCCCUACAAUGCCACGCUGUCCGUCCACCAGCUGGUGGAGAACACAGAUGAAACCUACUGUAUUGACAAUGAGGCCUUGUACGAUAUCUGCUUCCGCACUCUCAAGCUCACGACUCCGACGUACGGGGACCUCAACCACUUGGUUUCGGCCACCAUGAGCGGCGUCACCACCUGCCUGCGGUUCCCUGGCCAACUGAAUGCCGACCUCCGCAAGCUGGCGGUCAACAUGGUGCCAUUCCCUCGCCUGCACUUCUUCAUGCCCGGUUUUGCUCCCCUCACGAGCCGCGGAAGCCAGCAGUACCGGGCUGUGUCGGUGCCAGAGCUGACCCAGCAAUUGUUUGAUUCCAAGAACAUGAUGGCGGCCUGUGACCCGCGCCACGGGCGCUACCUGACGGUGGCGGCCAUUUUCCGGGGCAGAAUGUCCAUGAAGGAAGUGGACGAGCAGAUGCUCAACGUCCAGAACAAGAACAGCAGCUACUUUGUCGAGUGGAUCCCCAACAACGUGAAGACGGCCGUGUGCGACAUCCCUCCGCGAGGCCUCAAGAUGUCCGCCACCUUCAUUGGCAACAGCACGGCCAUCCAGGAGCUGUUCAAGAGGAUCUCUGAGCAGUUCACGGCCAUGUUCCGCCGAAAGGCCUUCCUGCACUGGUACACUGGAGAGGGCAUGGAUGAGAUGGAGUUCACGGAGGCCGAGAGCAACAUGAACGACCUGGUCUCCGAAUACCAGCAAUAUCAAGACGCCACAGCGGACGAGCAAGGAGAGUUUGAAGAGGAAGGCGAGGAGGACGAGGCUUAG